AUGGCCACACGUCCGACUGAAGCAGUCUUAGCAGCACUAGCAGCUCAGGAAAUCAAUUUAGCUGAUUUUUUAAUCUCAUUGUUAGGAAACCCUUAUUAUCAGGACCACCCUGUCCUUAUCAAUCUCAUAGCUCGGAGCGGAGACCUCUGUACUGUAUUUUACAAAAACAGGACAUCAUCUGGGAUUAUUAUACAAUGGGCUCUCGACACUGCCAAGCAAUACCACUCUUCUGAAAUUCUUGCUCUUUCAGACCCCGAGCAUGGAUGGCACUUUGGUGCAGUAAAUGCCACCAUAGAACAGCUAGAAAACUUUAAAAUUGAGCAAAUGGCCAAAGAUCUAGAAAGGCUCUCACUGGAGACAUGGAACCUUCUCGGAGCCAUAUUGUGGGUGUCAAAACAUCUGUCAUUAUUGUGGAUGCCUAGUGUUGAGCGCAGUGACAAUGAAGCGACUGGCACAGAGAGAGUGCCAAGAAGAAGCUCUAUAACGACAGGACUCGAUCCCAUGCUCCAAACAAAACGAGUCCCAGGCAUUGGACAUGUACUCUCCUCCCUUGUCAUCCUGCAGAGCCAAAAUGCGCUGUCCAGUCAGAAACAAACUGUUGUGAUAAGCAUUAUGAUACAGAGCAUGUCCCAACAAUGCAAUGCUCUCGCCAGCGUGAUUGGAAUUUUCUUGCACUCUUGCAAUGCACCCGAAAAGGUGAUCAAGACACUGGCACGCAUGGGUGUGUCGAUCUCUAUGCAAUCUGUCAACAAUGCCAUCAGCGCGCUAUCAAUAGAUGCCAAGCAACGAGUACGAGAAAUGGGACAAUUACUUACUAUUGGCUACAUACACGACAACUUUGAUGUCAACUUCCCAACUUUAAUUUCAACGGUGGAGAAGUCUGUGGAUACCUUGGCACACAUGACUUCGGCAGAUGCAUUUUGGCUGCAAGAAUGCUUACUGGAGGACUUGAGGUGUUCGGAGCAGCUCUGGCAAAAGUCCCCUUUUAACAACUGCAAGGAUGAUCACUCAGGACCACAAUAA